AUGGCCCCAUGCAUGAGAAUCGAGAAUAUCAUCGCCUGUGAUUCAAACUUGGCCUCAGAGGCUACCUCAGACGACUGGAUGCAUGUCGACCAGAAGGAUCUGCAGACUGUGCUGCCGAAGAUGAAGACUUUCCUUCCGAAUGUUAACGAGCAUCCUGCAUCCAGCGGCACUUGCUCUGAUGUAGCUGUGGUGCAUGAUUCAAGCGUAUUGACACAAUUGCAUGUGCUGGCUACCUGCUGCUCCAGUCAGUCGCCACAGACUCUUCCCAGCUUGAAACUGCUGAUCCACCAGGCCUCUCAACACAAGCUGGGUGGCUCCAACGCCGCAUGGCUUGCUCAACCUGUGAGCUCGUCGAGCCUCAGUGCAUUCAAGCCCGUCCAUGCGACUAUGUUGUGGAAGAAUCAGCUAGUUGAUCCCAAGCUGCUGCAGGCGUCUAGCGGUCUCGCUGCGCCAACGCCCUCCUUCAUCCCCACCAGCAUCCAAGAUCAAGCAUUGCGUCCGGCAAAGCGACUCCGUUCGCAAACCCUGACGGCCAAAGAUGCGGUGGAGAUUUACAGCAAGAGGCCGGCUAUUGUAAGUGCAGUUCUGAUGAAUGGAACUCACGCCGCUAAGUUCGCCAAAGCUUAUCAUGUCGCGACAAACACGAUCCGAGACAUCUGGAAUCGACGGAGCUGGGUUACCGUCACAUACCCCUACUGGACACCUGAGGAGCACAAGUCUUUCCGUCACUUGAACCCUGAGGUCUACAAGAAACUUGUACGUUGCAACAGCAACAAGGAAUAA